AUGGAUCCUCAACCAUCUCGUGUCUCUAGGAGAAGAAGAAUAUUGAAAGUUGUAUAUGAUGAUCCUGAUGCAACAGAUUCGUCAUCUGAUGAAAUUGUUAUGGAUCCAACAAAGAGGAAGAGAGUUGUGGUUGAAAUUUCAUACCCUAAUGUUCCGAUUCCGAGUGAUCAAACCGUUGAUAACGAAUCGAAGAAGAACAAAAGGAGCUGUGGAGCACCGAAACACGAAGUGAAACAACCGUCUUGUAAGUAUAAAGGAGUUCGAAUGAGACAAUGGGGUCGAUGGGCUGCAGAAAUCCGUAACCCGAUUAAUGGUACGCGUAAUUGGCUUGGAACUUUCGAUAGCGCGGAAGAGGCUUCUAAGGCUUAUGAAGCUAAAAAACAUGAAUUCGAAACCAUGUAUAAGAAGGAUUUGAGUAAAAGGAAGAGGAACAAGAGAUUGAAAAAAGUCUCUUUUGCUGAACCUAUGGUUACUUCUUUGAAUGACUCGGAGACGGAGAGUGACACGCCAAAUAUACCUUCAUCAUCGCGCGAGUUCGUUGAAAGUGUUGAGGUUUCAAAUGAUGAGACUAAUUCUUCAAAGCCUUUGGACAUAGUGCAAGAACCGAAUGUGGUUGCGAGUGUUGAUACUUCGUCACAGCUUGAACCGAAUUGGUUAACAUUUGAUGAUUCGGAGUUGGAGUUGGACUUGGUUGCGAGCGAUGAUCUUAGUUGCCUUGAUGACUUGAAUGAUAUUGAUAUUCCAUUUGAUUUUGAUUACUUUGGUACUCAAUUUGCAGUCUAUCAUGGGAUUACAGAACCUCGCAAUCACAAUAGGAGUUCGAUUAAAGAGCGUCGCAAUUUACCGGAGCAAUAG